AUGACCAGAAAUCAGAAUCGUGAUGGUGCAUCAUCAUCGAGCAGGAAGAGAGUCAAUGGUGGUGUGGCACCUUGGUCAGACCUUAACCCUGAUGUGCUUUUUUUAGUUAUGAUGAAACUGGGAGUGAUUGAUUUUCUAGCUUUUGGUGGUGUGUGCAAGACGUGGAGGUCACUCGCACUCAAUAAUAAGAAGAUUUUUAUGGCAUCCAGACCACCCAUGUUGAUGUCAAUCUCUGAUCCUUCUUAUGAGAAGAAAGAGUGCUACUGCUGUCUAGAGGACUUUGAAGGUAGAAAGUUCAAAACCUUCCUUCCCCAUGCUGCUGGCAGGAUCUGUGUUGGAAUAACUUGUGGUUACCUGAUCUUGUUCGGAGGGGAAACCAAAGACUUCUGGCUUGUAAAUCUUAUCACAAGGCACCAACUUCAUUUCCCUUGUUUCCCCUUUAAUGCACGUACUGAUCUAGCAAGAAUGAGAGGUAUCCUUGUCUUUUCACCUUCGGUAUCUGGGUGGGUGUUUGUGGUGUUGCGUACAUUCUCCUGUCAAAUUUGGUUUUCUAUAGCGGGUACACGAGCAUGGAGUCGUAUCUCCACUUUCCUCACGAUUGAUUUACAUGCUUUCAAGGGGAAGAUAUAUACCCUAAACAUCUGUUGUCGUUUAUGUGAAAUGAGACUCACUCCAGAGCCCAAAUUGACUUUACUCCAAACCAAGAAUAUUCCACCGCCAGGCUUCUUUUUUCCGGAGUUUGUAAGUUCGGGUGAAAACCUUUAUGUGAUGGACCGUGGGUUAAAAGAUUCAUACACGGCUCAUGAACUAGAUUUUGAGGAAAUGAAGUGGGUGUCGUCGGAAAAAACAUUAGAAGAACGUGCGUUCUUUGUUAAUGGCUUCAAGUAUUCUUCUGCUAUUAAAUCAGACUUGUGGGUUGAUCAUCGGUCACUAUAUGAGAGAUAUGCUUACUUCCAUUCCACCAUUGAUACAAGUCGAAAAGGCGGGUUCCUUCCUUCAUACAUCUGGUACUUCCCCAAUGAUUGUUUGAAUGUUAAUCUCUUAGAUGAAUGA